GCAGACUUCAGUGAGGACCCUACCUGUUUCCAACGGCCAUGAACACGCUCCCUGAAAAAGGAUGGCAUCAAAAUGUAAGUCUUCAACUGUCUCGCUACAAAACCUGACUGCUGGAAUCAUGCCGGACUCGAACAUCUCCAAAUCUUCACAGGACAGCCCGGGCAGGAGCGGCAGCUGCGGCUCGGUGUCCGUGUUUUUCCCCAUUACUAUGAUGGUCACUGGAAUGGUCGGAAACUCUCUGGCGAUGCUGCUUGUUUAUAGUGCGUACAGAAAAAAGGAGAACAAAAGGAAGAGAUCAUUUCUGCUUUGCAUCGGUUCAUUGGCGUUAACUGACCUUUUCGGACAACUUCUCACAAGUCCGAUAGUCAUCUCGGUGUACAGGGCAGAUAUGAAAUGGGACCGCGUGGACCCAUCUAAAACUCUCUGCGCCUUCUUUGGGGUUUGCAUGACCACUUUUGGCUUGUGUCCUCUCUUUUUAGCCAGCGCAAUGGCUAUUGAGAGGGCCUUGGCCAUUAUUGCGCCUCACUGGUACUCACAUUACAUGAAAACCAGUGUUACCAAGCAGGUCCUAGUCAUCAUUUGGUGUUUGGUUUUGCUCUUUGCCUUGUUGCCCAUUGCUGGUGUUGGAGAGUACACGUUGCAGUGGCCAGGCACUUGGUGCUUCAUAAAUACUGGUGACAAGGACGUAACGGGAAAUACGUUUUUUGCCACGACAUUUGCGGCUUUGGGGAUAUUUUCACUGCUGGUCACUUUGUCGUGUAAUGUGGUGACCAUUCGUGCGUUGGUUACACGAUGCAAAACCAAGGCAAGCUCGACCCAGUCAUCCAAGCAGUGGGAGAGGUUGACGACAGAGACUGUUAUUCAGUUGAUGGGCAUUAUGUGUGUGCUGUUGACAUGCUGGUCACCUCUACUGGUCCUUAUGUUGAAGAUGAUCUUGACUCACACAUCCUCUCACCAUUGCUAUUCUGCUGGAUCUCUGUCACCCCAGGAAUUGCAGAAGGACUGUAAUUUCUUUCUCACAGCCAUACGGCUGGCCUCGCUCAAUCAGAUUUUGGAUCCAUGGGUUUACCUUCUCCUAAGAGAGAUUCUCCUGAGGAAGUUCUGCCAGGUGGCCAGCGCAGUUUCCAAGUGCUCACUGGAUGUGCAAAAACAAACUCAGUGUCCUCUGGAUGUCCAAAAUAAAAAGGCUAUUCAGAACGAUGAUGCUCACAAACAGUCCUUGAACAUGGAAAACAGUAUCUUGAACGGGGGAUGUGAAGAACAGUGACUUGACAGUGGUACAAAAACUGAACAAUUUUUCCAGAAUCACUGUAAUGACAAAGGGCACAAUCACCCAAUAAUUAUCAGAAUAACAAUCAUGUGUUGAAGCUGUGGGUUGUGGUAUUGAUGUAGGGUGAUGUCAGCAUGCAACCAUGCAAACGUGUCACUCUUGUGCCGCUGUAAGUCAAUAGAUUUGUUCGCGGUUACUCAGCAACCUUUGAAACAAAAAUGCCAAGACUUUACAAAUAAGCUUUGUCAUUGAACUUGAAAAUAUCAGGCAUGAUUAAAUUGUCUAAAACUCAUAUAAAAGAUGAAUAUACAUCUGCUAGAGGGAAAAAAAAGUGUUCAAAUGAUGCAGAACCCCUGCAUAUAUAACAGCAAUAUUAUCAAAUUAAAUUUGGUUAAACAAAAGCAAAACUAUCGACUGAUGUUUGCCAGCUCCCAUGGAGGCUGAUUAUACUUUAAAUUAUAUUUAGUGUUGGUACUAUAUAGCAAAAUCCUUUUAUUGACAUGCCAACUGCAGGCAAAAAAAAAGAAGGAAUCUUAUUUAAAUGCUUAUUUAUGGUGUUAUGCAACAUUUCAGAGCUGUUUAUUUUGCAGUAACGGACUGAAUGGUCUCAAAUACCUUCCUACAAACUUCUGCUUUGCAUAUUUUCACUCAUUUUAAAGCCUCUUAUGAACUUUUAUUUACCCUUAUUGUGUGCUUUUCUCAAUGCCAACCCUGCAGAGCUCUUUUUUCAAGCUGAUAACAGUGGCCGUGGACAUUUAAUUGAAUUCCGUGCUUGAAUUUUUUAAGCUAACCUGAGCGAAGGAAAUGGAAAAGGGAAUGGCUUUAAUUCAAUAGUUUGAUGAGAUGAUUUCUGGCCUUGGAACGACUUCUUUCAGAGUGUUAAUUUAAUGGUUAGUUUGCCUCAAUGUGCUUCAUAUUUUUUAUGUGUGAUGUUCUUGAUAAUAUCAGUCAUCAUCAUAAACCAAACACCUUUAAAAUACAAAUAGAAGGCAAUUUAGGCAGAAUGACGAGGAUUGCUUUGUUAACCAGGUGAUCAAAGCUUUGUUCCGUUGUUAUUUUCCAACCUUUUAGCAGUGAAUUAUGUAACAUUUGAGGUAGUUUGUGGGUAAUGAGCUUGUGCAGCUGUUUUAUAUUAUUCCUGGCUGAUAAGAUGACAUUCAGAAAUUUUUGUUUGUUUAAUUUUAAUUGAGCAUACAUAAAUUAUUGCCAAGCAUGAUGGAAGCUGUUCUUCUAAUUGGGCUCUUCAGUUGCACAUCUGUAAUCAUGCAUCUUACGGAGUGUGACUGAACAUCAUCUUAGCAUAUUAUAUGUUCAUUCUGUGCAGUUAGUUAUUGAUUAUAGAGGACCAAUGGAUGAUCAGCUAUGCUCAACCACAGAUCAUAUAUUCACAGUAUUAGAAGGAAUAAGAACAAUUACGAUCAGUAAUUUGUCAAAGGAAAAUGAGGAUCAAAA